AUGAACUGGUUAGUCAUCCCAAUUGCUGAUGACUCCCCAUUGCCAUACUUUCCCCAUAUCGUUUGGCGUCCCCGGGUGGUCCCCUUAUGCGUCGAUGUUGGUGGCCAGGACGACAAAUUCUACUUGGGCAGACGACUGGGCAGCGGCUCCUUCGGUCAGGUCUUCUUAGCCAAGAAUCGACGUGGGAAGGAGCUGGCAGUGAAGGUGGAGAUGGCCUGCAGGAGUACCCUGCUUUUUUCAGAGGCUCACCUUUUGAAGCGUCUGGCCUCUCCUGGGUUUCCGAAGGUUCAUCACGUGUGCGCCGAAGGAGGCUAUAACAUGCUUGCGAUGGAUUUGCUGGGUCCCUCACUGGAUGCGGUCUUUCAGAAGUGUGGACGCCAUUUUAGUUUCAAGACUCUCGCGAUGAUGGCAGCUCAAAUGCUAGAUAGGUUAUCAUAUCUUCACUCCAAGGAGUAUGUACAUCGAGAUAUAAAGCCGGAGAAUUUUCUGAUUGGCCUCGGGGAAAGGCGCAAUGUGAUUCAUUUGGUAGACUUUGGUUUGAGCAAGAAGCGUCGAGAUAAGCCACGAGCAGAGCAGAAAAGUCUGACCGGAACGGCACGAUAUGCCUCGAUCCGAGCGCAUCAUGGAAAGGAUCAAGGCUAUUGCGAUGACUUGGAAUCAAUGGGCUAUGUACUGGCAUACUUUCUUCGCGGGAAGCUUCCCUGGCAAGGUCUUGAUGCAGACACCAAGGAAGCGAAACAUGCUCAGAUCCUGGAGAUGAAGAGUUCAACAUCUGCACAGGAGCUCUGUGGCCAUCACUCGACUUUUGCUACCUUCUUGGACUAUGCCAAGAGUCUGCGAUUUGAGGACAAACCCAACUACCAGCAUUUCCGCCGUAGCUUCACCAAAGCUCUUACAGAUGUCGGCCUGGAGGUCCGUUCAUGGGAGAUCCAGAUGGAUCAAAGGAUUCAAGGGCUGAUCAAAUCUGAUAAAACUGAAGUUUGUUGA